GCUCAGUAUAAGUUUAUAUAUAUCGCCCUUCAGCAUCACAUUUCCGCUGAAAAUAUUCGACUGGCUGGUCGUUCCCAGUUAGAUGUAAGUCAUAGUCUUAUCAGAAUAUUUUGCGCGAAAGACAGAGCUAUCUGACCAUAGAUUAUUUAUAACGAUAAUAUGUAAAUACAACAUGAACGACCAUGUAGCUUAUCUAACAUCUACGAACACGAGCCGAAUCAAGUCUACUACGUCUACUACAAGCCUUUUACUUCAUAUUUAUGACUUGCUUUCUUUAUCUUUAAUAUUACUGUAAUUAAAGGGUAUUAAUAUUAAAUAAUUUAAACCCUGGUCAUGCGGACGUGACAAAAACAAGAAUGAAGCUGGUGUUUUAGUAUAGCUUACGAAAUAAUUUGAUGUUUAAUUUGUUUACAUUUUAGUUAUCGCAGAUCUAUGGAAAUAGUAGCGUAUCGCAAUUUGAUGACGAACCCACGCCGCCAAUUCCAGCCCGAAAUUUUAGCAGGUGUGUAAAGGUUACAUACGCAUUAAAACAGUUCAAAAAGUUCUAAGUGUUGCUGCUAAUGGUUUUGACCAGGAUCUCUGGCAAAUAAGGUUGAAGUCUAUUUAACAAAUAGAUAAGAUUUUGCCGAUGUCUGUUCAGUUAUAGAUUCACAGUAUGACGUCAUAAUGUGGGAAGACAUGAUGUCAUACUGUGUAUUCCCACAUUAUGACGUCAUACUGUGUAUCAAUAGCGACCUUAAGCAUGUUACGACGGCAACGCGACGACGACAACCAAAACAAACUUCAAAUAAAUUAUUGCGAAGAAGGGUUGUUAUGUAUUAUCCACUGCAUAUGAAUUGAAUUCAGUUUGAAGAGAUGAAAACAAAGGCUUUAUUGGGCCAAAAAAAAAAUAUGUGGGUUUCCGGUUUCUUCUUAUAAAAACUUAGGUAGGGUAGGUCGGUUUUAACUUUUUUUUUUAAACUUUUUUUUUAAUUUUCCGAACAAGCGGACGCCAUUUUGUUUAGUCAGUGCUUCCACAUCCAAAGAUAAAUUUCCCUAAUAUUGCCUCAAAUUUCAAUUUUCCACAAACAUUUUCCUCUAAGUGGAAACACUUACAACCAUGAUCCAAUAAAAAAGUUUAGGGUCGGGAUUUCGACGUCCAAAAGCUAGGUAGGGUCGGGAAACCGGAAACCCACAUAUUUUUUUUUUGCCUUGUUAAAAACGCUUCUGCUGAGCAAAUUUGUAGUUUUACUUGUCGCGUCUUGACAUGUUUGCGUUGUACACGAGACGUGAAAAUCUCUGGUUUGCCGUUGUAAAAAGCACUAACACAACGUCUGUAACUCCCGUGGGGGUUUUAAUUAUUCAUUUCUUUUGUACGAGAUCAGGAAUAUCAUUGUGUGAAUAGCCGCCGUCGUCGCGUUGCCGUCCUGUUUGCUUAAGGUCCCUUAUAACUGAACAGACAACGGCAAAAUCUUAUCUAUUUGUUUUAUAUAAAAUUAUAAAUAGCUUACUUUUUAUCCACCCAAACAUUUGGAAAUUUAAGAAAGUCGAAAUUUUACAAAUAUCACGCGUACACGAUCUUUACAAAUAAGGGAAUGCUAUUAAUGCUAUUGGCUGCACAGAAUAAAGUUUUGUAUGACGUAAUUCCGUGCAUCUGUCCUCUAUAGAUCAUGGCUCUGAACCAAUGAAAGCGCUUGAAUUCUUAACGCUAUUAUAUUAAAAAAAUAUACGCUGUGUCUACCGUUUUUGGCACUGCAACUUUCCUCCGACCAUAUGGCAUGGAAGGAAUUCGUGAUGUGUUCUAUUUAUUUUUUGUAGAUCGUCAAGCAAGUCGUCGACCGGCAGUCAUUCACAGUUUCCUCGGCCUAUGUACAGUCCUGUGACUGCAGCUGCACCAACUAAUGGCGCGCAGGUAGUGUUGUUGUUUCACGCGGUCAGGUCGGGUCGACCUGAGGUCGGUAGCUCAGUUGGCAGAGCAUUGGGCUGGUAUUGCAAAGGUCGUAGGUUCGAUUCCCACCGUGGACAGGCAUAUUUUUCAAGCUUGCCCGGUGUGGAUAUACAUGCACUCAGAGUAACAUCACAAACAUCAUAUUCACCUGAGUACAUUGCACCAACACAGAAAAAAAGAGCGUGAAAUAUCGUUCAAAAUUUGUCCGGGAAAAUAUCCCACUAAAAUAAAAUUUGAUCGGAAACUUUCAAAUUUUGUCGAUUCCAUUUUGAUUUCAUGCCUUCGUUGGUUAAACUAAUCCAAUAUGCAAAUAAUACUUUACGCCAAACAUUACAUUUAAUGUUCCUUGCGGGAUGAUUCCAUGUAGUUUAUGGUUAACACAGUCUUUCAAGAAGGUUGAUUGCUAUUUUUUUCAGGACAAGAUGUCCAAGACGAAAUGUGUUAUCUGUAACCUAUUUUGGCUUACUAGCAUAGCAUGACCAGUUGUCAUGGCUAGCUUUGCCUGUUUGCCACUGGGUGAUGAGCAGCACCUAACCUGCGAAUAGGCAUACUCUGGGUACGAGAAUGUGGCCCUGUAUGCAAUAACUAUGAAAUUCUGUUAUUUAGGAUCACAAUGGUGUAGAAGCCGAUGAAGAAGCCCCUCCUAUACCUGUCAGGUCAGGAUGAUUAUUCAAUUGUUACUUUAUUUUCAUUGCGAUGGAUUCCGAAUAAUUCCAACCGCGUUCACUCAGACACAAUCUUAAUAUUAAGAAAUACCCUUUCGCUCAGGGUAUUGUUUAAUUAAAACCACGAAAAAUUAUUACCAUGUUUGACACUCCGGCAGCCGGAGUUGGAAAACUCCGGCAAAAACUCCGGCAGACAAAAUUAUGAAAAAUUAUUUCAUAUUUCAAUGAACAUUUGGUAUUAAAUGUAAAAAGUAAGUUGUUGUUUACUAAUAUAUUACUAUUUAUACGUUGUUUUACUAUAUAUUACUAUGUUGUUUACUAUUAAUUAAUAGUGUUGUAAAAAGGUGUUUAAAAAAGAUAAAUUCUGAAAUUACACUGAAAUACUUUCGCCUGCUUCCAGUUUUAAAUAUGAAAUUUCCUUAAAAAUUCCGCGCCGGAGCUAAAAUAACCGGAGUUUGCACAGCUCUACUCGGCUACUAGCUAUAUAUAGUGUAGAACAAUUAGAAUUUGCAAUAACGUCUUUUUAUUGAUGUAAAUAUAGACAUAUCUCCCACGACAAUGGAAGCACGGCGUAG